AUGAGUUUCUCUUCGUCCCGGAAACGGAUGGCGACGAGUGUCGCAAACGUGAUGUUCACCAACGCCGUCUACUUUCCCAACCACAAGAUAUACAGCGGCGCAACGCCGGGCAUGAUGAACUACGGCUGCAUUAGCCACGUGUUUUACGCAUUCGCGAGCGUUGGGCCAGAUGGCUCUGUGUUUCUAAGCGACGAGUGGGCAGAUGCGCAGGCCCCGUGCGACGGCGUCCACGGUGGCUUGGGAUCUCUAAUGCACCUCAAGCAGGCGCAUCCACAUCUUCAGGUGGUUUUGUCAGUUGGCGGUGGUACCUCGGGCGAGAUGUUCCCGCUGGUGGCAUCUAACACGCUUCUACGAGACAAUUUUGCUCGCUCGGCGCGCGGGCUGGUGGAGGCAUCGGGCUUGGACGGGAUUGACAUUUGUUGGGAGUAUCCGUCAGAUACUCAGCAGGGUGCUGAUUUGGUUGCGCUCCUUGCGGCCGUCCGAUUACACCUGCCUGAGGACCACUUCUUCCUCUCGGCCGCACUCCCAGCUGCCCGAGCCGUGCUGCAGAACAUUGACAUCCACCAAGCCGCAGCCUACUUGGAUUGCAUAAACCUGAUGGCCUAUGAUUUCUGCGGGCACUGGACGCACAGAAGCGGACACCACGCGCAGCUGUACUCGCUGAACAAGGACGAAACCUCGGGUUCGUCAGGCGUCGCAUACCUCGUGGGCCAGGGCUGUCCGGCCAAAAAAAUCAUUCUAGGCAUCCCUGUGUACGGACGGAGCUUUCUUGGCAUCAGUGGGCCCGGCCACAGGCAUAAAGGGGUAGGGGGUGAGGACGGCACAUUCGACUACAACCAGCUUCCCCGGAAGGGUGCCAAGGAGACGGUCGACAAGCGCAUAGGGGCCGCGUCUUGUGUUGGUGGCGACGGAGGAUUCGUGUCUUACGACAACCCGGACACGGUUAAGAUGAAGGCGUCGUACUGCAAGCAGAAAGGAUUGGGUGGCCUUUUCUACUGGACGGGACCAGCAGACUCACGGGAAAAGUCUCGUAGCCUAAUCGCCGCUGGGUUCCGUGCUCUGCAUAGUUCUUGA